AUGAUAGUUUGCAUAUAUGUAGUUCAAAACUCAGAAAUUUCUGAGUUGAAUGCUGAGCAAAAGGAACAAGAAGAAAUGGCUUCACCUCCAAUAGGUUUUUUGAUUGGAAAAAUUGUAUCAUUUGUUGAAAGCAAAGUGUCUCCGUUAGAAGGAGUUCAUGACGAACUUGAAGAUCUCAGGCUUGAGUUGCUGACCAUGAAAGCGUUCUUGUCAGAUGCGGAAAGGAAGGGAGAAGCCCUUUCUGAAGUAGAGAAGACAUGGGUGGCAAAUGUAAGAGCCUUUUGUCGAACAGUUUGCUUCCCAAAGAAUCUUGGGGAGAGGCAUCGGAUUGCCACUAAAUUGAAAAGAAUCAUCAAAAGAAUCAGAGCCAUUCCGGAAAGGAUUGGAAGGUUUGGCGUUGAUCAUAUAGAAGGCGUCACGUUCACUAAUUACGAUCCAAAUACAAGAGUCAAAAUAUAUGGGGAGUCAUCUCUUUUCUUUAAAGAUGAUCUUGUGGGAAUCAAAUAUGAAAAAGAGAAGUUAGUAGAAUGGUUGUUGUGCAAACAACCUCAAAGAAGCGUAAUUUCAGUGGUUGGAAUGGGGGGUUCGGGGAAGACUACCCUCGUUGUAAACACCUACAAAAGUCAAAAUUUAAAGAAACAUUUUGAUUGCUAUGCGUGGAUCAUCGUCUCACAGACUUACAUAUCAGUUGAAGAUCUACUAAGAACCAUGAUCCAAGAACUUUUUAGAGCAACAAUGCAAGCUAUUCCUCUAGACUUUAGCAGUAUGAGCUAUGUACAUUUGGUAAAAGUGCUCGUCGACUAUUUGGAGCCAGAGUGUUAUUUGAUUGUCUUAGAUGAUGUGUGGGAUAUAAAUCUUUGGAGACAAAUAAAUGUAGCACUUCCAAAUGGAACACUUGGAAGUCGAGUCAUGCUUACAACUCGGAAUGAAGGCAUUGCUUCUUUUUCAUUUGGAGUUGGAAGUCGCGUGCACCAUGUUCAGCCUCUUACUGACGAUGACGCUUGGGAUCUUUUUUCCAUGAAAGCUUUCUCUAGCUGGGAUGACAGUAGUUGUCCAACAGAAUUUAAACUCACAGCUGAGGAUCUUGUUGGAAAAUGCCAAGGCCUACCUCUAGGAAUCGUAGCUUUGGGUGCUCUCAUGUCAACUAAAAGAUUUGUUCCCGAGUGGACGAAAGUAUAUAAUAGCUUGAAUUGGGAGCUAAGCAACAACCGCACACUUGAAGUAGAGAAGAGCAUCUUAUCACUAAGCUUCAAUGAUUUAUCAUACCAACUCAAGAAUUGCUUCUUAUAUUUUUGCAUUUUUCCAGAAGAUUAUGUAGUUCAAUGUAAAAGGCUUAUCAGAUUGUCGAUGGCAGAAGGGUUUGUGGAACAAGUUCGAGGGGCUAAGCCAGAAGACAUUGCAGAAAGUUACACAGCAGAGGUCACUUGUCGAUGCAUGCUCCAAGUUGUUAAGAGGGAACCAUCUGGAAGGGCAAAAACAUUCAAGAUGCAUGACCUUCUACGAGAACUUGCUCUUUCGAUUUCAGAGACAGAAAUUUUGUACAACUUAUAUGGAGCAAGAAGAAACAAAUGA